UUAAUACUCCCUCCCUACUCUAUUUCCCUCACCUUUAUUUUCCUACCUUUUCACUCUUAUCAUGGCUCCCUCUCCACAUGGAUCAUGCCCCCUGCUUUCGUCCAACAACUGACCGCUUCCCCCCCUCUCUUCCUUCCUCUUCACAUUUCAUUCAGCCUUUUCAUCGAACAUAUUAUAUCCUCUUCUUGGAUCUGGAAACUCCCCUUCUUGCACUAACCGUCACCUCUUACUUUCUCCACUGCUUCAAAUCGUGCUGGACACCCAAAUUCACCUGUAGAGACUCUCACAUUUCUUUCUGAUUUUGGUUCACAAUGCAUUUUACCACUCAAACUGCCUGUUUUGAAUAUAAAGAUCUGAUUUUUCACAUUGGUGUUUUGGAGUUUUGAAUGGAGUUUUAGAGAUUAGUGGGUUCCAUUGAUGGUGUGGUGAUUGAUGAAGUGACGGUUUAAGCUAAACUUUUCCUAUAACGCAUUUCUGAUAUUGCGUUAAAGAUUGUUCCUUUCAGUGCUGCAGACGUCAAUUGUUUGUAUUUAUUCACUUUUUUUAGAGGUGUUUGGUGUCUUCUGGAGAAUAUAUUGCCAGAAAUUCUACCUUUUGCUGAGCUGUUUUUUGCUGUUGAUGAUUAGGCAUACUUGGUAGUCUUCAGUUGCGGAUAGGGAAAAAUUAGGCCUUCAAAAAUUAGUUUUGAGUAUUUGAAAAGAGAUGGCAGCAAAGCUCUUGCAUUCUUUAACAGAUGAAAAUCCAGAUUUUCAAAUUGGGUGUAUGACUGGGAUCUUUCAAAUGUUUGAACGUCAACACAUGCUUAGCAACAGCACCAAGAGGCUGCACCCUCCACCCGGAAGUUCCCACAUCAGUAGUUGUGAUACAUCGGAGAGAGAUUUUAAUGGUGCACAACCGAAGCCCUCAUCACUGCAGGAUAAGUAUUCUUACAAGAAUAUGCAAGACCGACAAAGAUACUCUGCUGAAUCAUCGAGGCCUUCAUUCUCAUCUUCAUCCCGCUCAUCCUCAUUCUCUUCUCUUGACUGUAACAAAGCUAGUCAGUUGGAAGCUGGAUCAUUUGACAGAAUGAUUUUCCCCGAAACUUCUUCAAGGGACUCAGCAACGAGCCUGCAGCCCCUGUCUAGUCGACAAACUCUUGACCUUCGAGAUCUGGUGAAGGAGUCAAUUUAUAGGGAAACUCAUGGUUCAUCGGUGAAGGUUAGGCCUAGUGAGGGAGCAGCAGUUCCGUUCGUGUACAGAGACUCACCAAGGCUACAAUCAGAAACCAGUGAUGGUGGCGGCAAGAAACAAUGCUCGCCUGCUGACAUCAAGGAGUCUCUUAGAAUUCUUGCUAAGCUUCAAGAGGCACCUCGCUAUAAUAAUGAAGCUAGAGCACUUUUGAGAUCAUCAUCGUGCCAUUACAAAGAUGGAUCAUCAGUAUCAAUCUCAAGAGACGGCCCUCGGUUUUCUUAUGAUGGAAAUGGUUCCAAUUCUGCUCUGAAGCUUAAAGACCUUCCAAGACUUUCAUUGGACAGUAGGGAGAGCUCGAUGCGGAGUGUGGGUGCUGACUCAAAGUCCAGUGUCCUCUCGAAAACUAUGCAGAAAAACUGCAGUAUGGUCCAAGGGAAGGUUCAAACACGCCCCCCAAGCGUCGUUGCAAAGCUGAUGGGUUUGGACUCACUACCGGAUUCUGUUUCAUCUGGUGACAGCAACAUGGGUUCUACUAGGAGUUAUCAAGGCGAAAGUUUUGUCGAUGAAUCGAGCUUGUCUGAGAAAAUAGAUAAAACCAAACCUGUUCAACCGUCUAGUCCCUUGAAGAACUCGUGGAAGGAGCCCAUCUCACCACGUUGGAGGAAUUCUGAUGGUUCGGUAAAACCUAUGUCAUGGCUUCCCCUUGAGCCAGCACCGUGGAAGCAGAACGAUGGGACGAGGACUUCCCAGAAACCAGCAUCCAGAAGUGCAAGAGCUCCUGCAAAUGCUUCCACUGUGUUUCCUUCUGUUUACAGUGAGAUAGAGAAGAGAUUGGGAGAUCUUGAGUUCACACAGUCGGGAAAGGAUCUUCGAGCACUUAAACAAAUACUUGACGCAAUGCAGGUAAAGGGACUCUUGGAAACGUCGAAAGAUGUGCAAGGUUCAAAAUACAGUAUUCAUAAAGAUCACGAGGAGUUCCUUUUAAGUUCCUCAAGAUCAGUAGACAGGGGAAAACUACCGGCUGAUGAAGUGCUUGCUAUCACAAAGAGAAAGGCCAUUGCGGCCCAAACUCACGAGUCUCCUAUUGUCAUCAUGAAACCAGCUAAAUCUUUGGAGAAAUCUGGUAUCCCUGUUGGUUCUGUAGUUUCACAUGGUGGCUUUUCUAGUCAACCUAAUCUUCGGGUUAGUGAAUCAGCCAACAAUAGAAAAAGUUCAUACGGUGGCAGGAUAUCCAACGAUGUGGUUUCAAAGUCUAGUGAACGACAGAGUGCUCUAAGUUCUGUCGGUACAAGAAACAACAGAACUCUAAGGACCACACAGACUUCAACAAAGUCCCAGCAGUCGGCCACAGAUGGUUCUGCAGGGUUGGUUAAGAUCUCUGGACCAGUAAGCCCGAGAAUGCAACAGAAGAAGCUUGAACCUGAGAGAAGGUCUCGGCCUCCCACCCCUCCUGAUUCAAGCAAAUCAAGAAAGCAGCCAAACAAGCAACAGGCCGAAUCCAAAUAUGCUGGCGGAAGGCAAAGACCAAAGAAUAGUUAUUCUCAGAAAUGUGAUGAGCAGCUGAGUGAGGUCAGUGUUGAAUCAAGAAAUUCAAGUUCCCAUGACAUUGAGGAUUCUGCUGAAUCGAAUGAUACCAUCACAAGGGGCUAUAGAAAUGUUGAAUUUAAUAGCUCUAAAAGAUCUCUGCGGGACACCAAUUUGGACAGCUCAUCUUCAAAGGCUUCUCAGUUUGUACUAUCUAGCGUUGUGGAAAAAAAUUCUACCCUGAUGCUGAGCGAGGAAGAGGCAGCUGAAUCUGGUUAUGUUCCUCCUGAGUACUUAAGCCCUGUCUCGGUUCUUGACAAUGCAGCAUAUGCACACGACUCUCCGUCUCCUAUAAAGUAUUCAGGGAAGACCCUCAAAGUGGAUGUGCCCGCAGUCAACGAGAGGGAUACAAAUGAACGGAGCUCAACUGAGAGCUUCAUUUGCAGCUCUGUGGAAUUUGGCUCUACAUUUGACUACACGAGGGAAAAACUUCAAAACAUCGAUAACUUAGUUAAGAAGCUCAGAAGACUCAACUCCAGCCAUGAUGAAGCGCGCACAGACUACAUUGCCUCGUUGUGCGAGAACGAGAACCCUGACCACAGAUACAUAUCUGAGAUAUUAUUGGCUUCGGGUCUCCUUCUCCGAGACCUUGGUUCAAACCUGACAGAUUUCCAGUUUCAUCAAUCAGGCAAUCCUAUAAACCCUGAGUUGUUCUUAGUCUUGGAACAGACAAAGGCUAGCGCUUCAUCUAAAGACAAGUCCACCGCCACAACUCGGUUGACAGCAAAUGAAAAGCUGCAGAGAAAAUUAAUAUUUGAUACUGUCAACGAAACUCUUGCUAGAAAACUGGCCUCCACGAGUUCAGAAUCCAAGCCUUGGUGGGGGCAGGUUAAGCUAGCAAGGAAGGUAUUGAAUGCUCAGAAUCUACUCAAAGAACUUUGUUGUGAGAUUGAAGAACUCGAGACAAAGAGUCCAAUUUGCAGUUCAGGUGACGAAGACGAUGGGUGGAAAACCAUCUUCUCGCACGACGUGCUGCUCCAGUCGGACAACUGGAUGAACUUUGACACUGACACCUCAGGCGUUGUUCUUGACAUUGAACGGCUUGUUUUUAAGGAUUUAGUCGAUGAGAUUGUGCGCGGAGAGUCUGCCGGCUUGACAGCAAAACAAGGUAGCCGUAAACCCUCUAGCAAGUGAUUUGCAUCCUAAAGCUUGCUGUGUUCUGCAUCUCCAAUUACAUUUUCCUCUUUUUCUUUACCUUACAUAGGAACUGGCUGGUUGGAUUGUAAAGGAAACUGCUGUUAAUUGACUACAGUGUAUUUAUGAAGAUUAACAUUUAACUGUAAAUUAAUUCCAGAAUCACAUUCAUUACUGUUAA